AAAAUGUCCAACAGUAUUCAUGUCUAAAACAUCAACAACUAAUAUAGCUGCACAUUUACAUACUGAAUACCAGAUUUUUAAAACCCAAAAAUGGAAAGAACCAUCUCCCUCCCCAUCAACUACAAUUCCUAUGCCAACUGGUCAUCAAACAAUUGAGCAACCCAUAUCAAGUGAUACUGUUACUAGAUGGAAUUUCACUUAUCUUGUUCUUCAGCAGCUUCUAGAACUACAAGAAUUAAUUUUAGAAUUGGCUAAAAGUUUGGCAAAUAAUCCUAAUCAUACUACUCAUGCCGAUGAUAAUAGCCUAAAUGAAAAGAUGCUUUCUGAUGAAGAAUGGAUAGAUAGAAAUGAUAUGUAUGAAAGUCUUCAAGAAUCAAUGGUAUCUCGAUGGAGUGAUCCAGAAAUGAUAGGAUGGCUUGCUUCAUUUUUGGAUCCUUAUUUCAAGACAUUGUCAGCCACCUUAUCCACAAUGCAACAAGAGGUGCUCCAAGAGUUAUAUAAAAAUAUUGAAAUUUCUUAUCAUACAAAUAACUUACUAACUACUAAUAGUGCUCUAGAUACAGAAAUGUCUUCUUUUUUCGACAACAGAAUUGAGCCUUCAUCUUUUUCUUCAAUUGAUACCGAAUUGUAA